GGUUAUAGUGGGAUUUGUCAAUGGACUUGGUCAGUACUGCAUCACAAACCAUCUGAACCACAUAAUGCAGGACUUGAGACUAAUAAACAGUCGAGGACUAAAGGCAGGCUGAGAUAGACUUUUCGUUUCUCUAUAAUGGAGUGUCUGGUUGAUUAUGCUAAGCUAGCUAGUAUCUGAAGCUCAAGAACAAUUACAGAAUAAGUGAACUAGUUUCGUGUAGGGAAAUAGACAUGGGAUCCUCAAGAUGGCUGCUUCUUUUCUUCUUCGUUCCCAUAACCUUACACCAACUUGAUGCUCAACCGAUAAUCAAAGGUGACGUCACAUGCACAUCGGCAGCUGAAGUGUGCUGGAGCUGUGCCGGUAACGGAAGUUACACAAAUGGCAGCAUCUACCAACAAAACCUCAUCAGCCUCCUCUCCUCAUUUUCCAAUAAUUCACAAGACCAAGCCAACUAUGCCUUUCACAACUCUUCUCUCGGACAAGGCUCCAACAAAGUGAAUGCCAUUGCACUGUGCAGAGGAGACCUCGGAGUCGAAGACUGUAACACCUGCCUCAGUGACUCCACCCAGAAUCUCUUACAGAGCUGUACAGAUAAAAGGGAAGCAAUCUUAUGGGCGGAGCCUUGCAUGGUAAGGUACUCUCCAGACUUGAUAUUUGGUAUUGAGGAUGAGAACCCUUAUGUAUAUCUGCCGAGCCCCAACAGCGCCAUAAAUCCGGAAGCGUUCAAGCUGGUGCUUGACCCCUUGUUGGAAAUCUUGAUUGAAAGAGCUUCUUCAGGGGAUUCUCUUAAGAAAUAUGCAGCAGGUCAUGCAGUUGUUAAGGGUUACGAAACGAUAUAUGCACAUGCUCACUGCACUCCAGACUUAGACAACGUCAUUUGCAGUGAUUGCCUUAAGAAUUGCACAUCUGCUCUUCCAUCAUGUUGCAGUGGGAAGUCAGGAGCAAGAGUUCUUAAACCAAGUUGUAAUAUUAGGUUUGAGUACGGUCUUUUCUACAGGUCUGCAGCCGAUUCAGAAGUCAAUAUUUCAGCUGCAGCUCCUCCAGUUACUCCAUCAACCCCACCUCCACCUCCACCUCCACGAAAGCAGGAAGAGAAGAGUACGACAAAAAAAAUCACCAUCAUCAUCAUUGUGGUUGGGGUUGCCUCUGUCAUUAUACUCGGUGGCAUUGGCACAUGCAUUAUCUUAAGAGUCAGCAAGCCAAGGGUAAAACGUGUCGAUGAUACUUCUGUAGAAAUUAGCCUCGUGGAAUCGUUACAAAAUGACUUUUUAGAUAUAAGAACUGCGACCGAUGACUUUUCUGAAGAAAAUAAGAUUGGACAAGGUGGGUUUGGAGCUGUUUAUAAGGGUAGGCUGCAUAACGGACAAUGUGUUGCUGUGAAAAGACUCUCGAAGAGUUCUCAACAGGGUGAUCGUGAAUUUAAAAAUGAAGUCGUAUUGCUUGCUCAACUUCAACACCGGAACUUAGUAAGGCUCUUGGGAUUUUGCUUGACACAGGAGGAAAGACUGCUCAUUUACGAAUAUAUACCGAAUAAAAGUCUUGAUCACUUCAUUUUUGAACCAACCGGUCACGGACAUUUGGAUUGGGAAACACGUUAUAAAAUCAUAGGAGGAAUUGUUCGUGGUCUUCUUUACCUCCAUGAAGACUCUCGACUGCGAAUUAUUCACCGUGAUCUCAAAACUGGCAACAUUUUGUUGGAUGAAGAUAUGAAUGCUAAAAUUUCAGAUUUCGGUAUGGCAAGGUUGUUUAACAUGGAUCAAACUCAAGGAGAUACAAAGACAAUCGUUGGGACCUAUGGAUACAUGGCACCUGAAUAUGCAAGUCACGGACACUUUUCUGUCAAGUCGGAUGUUUUCAGUUUCGGUGUCUUACUUCUUGAAAUAAUUACUGGCAAGAAGAUUGGUGGUAGUUUUAGGAAUGGUGAAGUUGAAGACGACCUUUUAAGCUAUGCCUGGAGAAAUUGGAGGGAUGAUACAAUUGCAAAUAUCAUAGAUCCCUUGUUAACAACUGGCUCUAAAUAUGAGAUUAUCAGAUGCAUCCACAUCGGUUUGUUAUGCGUCCAAGAAAAUCUGAAUGACAGACCAACCAUGGCUUCAGUUGUUACCAUACUCAACAGCCAUUCUCUCGCACUCUCAGUACCUACACGACCUCCAUGUUAUUGGCACCAUGACACUGGCUCAGACACAUCAGAAUCAGGACUCAAACUCACAGAGACGUCUGUUAAGUCCGAAAAAUCUGAGAGUGUGUCAAGAAAUGUGAUUUCAGAUAUUACAGUGCUAGAACCACGCUAGACGCUCAAGCAUAUAUUUGUAAUUUAAUCACUGUCAUUAGUAAAAACCGUUGUAUGUUUAAUUAAGGGAACGUUUGAGCUUGAUGCUAUUUCCAUCAAGAUCAAGUGCUGUGGGAAAGUCUGUGUAUGUAUCAGCUGAGAUUGAGGUUAAAUUUUAGAGAUUGAUGUUCAUUAAUCUUAUGUGGUCUUGUCUGUUAUAUACAAAAAACGACCGAUUUAAAUAUU